AUGGAUUAAGACCCAGAACCUCCUAAAUCUAGGCUUACUAAAUUCUUUGAAAAGGUUGACAAUUAGAUUGGGCCAUCUAGGCUUUAGUAUAAGCCUGCAUGUCAUGAUUUAAAAGAAAUGAUAGUAGAAUGUGUAUUAGAGUCGGAUUGUAUGAAAAACAAUGAAGGAGAUUUUAGAUUCUGA